GGGAGUUUUCACAUCCCCACUUGAAUACAGCGUGUAGACGGGGUACGGAGCACCCCGCGUGAAGAUCGAGAAUCUAAUUUCAUCCAGUUUUCAAUUGCAGUACGUAACCUACAAUUUGCAAAGUGACAGUUGCCACACCGAUCAGUUCUGCUGCAGCAUUGCAUGAGAUUGCAUCAGGUUGGGUAGAGAUACAUUUGUACACGUAGGAGUUGAGAGGCUAUUCGACGAUGUCAUCGGCUGGAUCUUGGCCCGAGGUGGACCAAGUACGGAGAGAAAACAGGCACGAAUUGGUGCUAGCCGGUGCUGCGGUAUCACGACGACUCGAAGAGUCGGGCCUCGACAAAAACAUAUUUAACUUACAAGGGUUGAAUUAUUUGAAUAUAAAUGAGACAGUUCUUGAAGAGAUUCCUGAUGAAAUUGGAAAAUUAGAAAAUUUGACAAACCUUGUUUUACAUUCCAAUAAAAUCACCAAACUUCCUCCUGCUAUUGGGAAAUUAUCGAAGUUGAAAGUACUCGAUGUGUCCAGUAACAGCCUCGAACAUGUUCCUGAAAAUCUUGGAAAUUUGACACAAAUAAUGACUAUCAAUCUGAGGUCUAAUGUCCUACAGGUAUUACCUUCUCAGGCCUCAAACCUGAAACUGUGCAUCUUGGAUUUAUCCAAUAAUCAGUUUGACAUUUUUCCUGACGUAUGCUACGCUGAGUUGGUUCACCUUGCUGAAUUAAGAUUAAAUAACAACAAAAUAAAAGAAAUCCCUCCAAAUAUCAAUGUACUGCCAUCCCUGAAGCUCUUGGAUAUUUCGGAUAAUUCAAUUACGGCGGUACCCAAUGAGCUGUCAGACUGCAAUAAGUUGAAGGAGUUAAACUUGAAAGGGAAUCCAUUGUCGGAUAAACGGCUGUGGAAACUUGUUGACCAAUGUAGAACCAAGCAGGUCUUGGACUAUGUGAGACAACACUGUCCAAAGUCUGGAGAGAAUUCUGGAGGUGGUGGAAAAUCAAAAAAGGGAAAGAAAGGGCAAAAGUCUUCUGAAACUAAUGAUGGCAAUGUCAAUUCAAUGGAGCAAUUAACUCACAAGUUACGAGUCCUUAAAGUAAUGGAAGAAACACCUGUAAUUCAAAUAACGGAACAUGUGAAAUCUGUAAGACCACAUAUUGUUGCUUGCAUAGUGAGAAAUUUGAGUUUCACUGAGGAAAGUUUCAGAAAAUUUAUUCAAUUGCAAACUAAACUCCAUGAAGGCAUUUGUGAAAAAAGGAAUGCUGCUACGAUAGCAACUCAUGAUUUGGACUUGAUUACUCCUGGCAAUCUUACUUAUACAGCAAAGCCUCCAAAAGAGAUUGAGAUAAAGCCAUUGAUGCGACACAAAUUAUAUACUGGUGCUGCUUUGUUUCAACAUUUACAAACGGAGGCUGAUAAUUUACGUAGGGAAAAGAAGCGUAAUGUCUACUCCGGUAUUCACAGAUAUCUUUAUCUUCUUGAAGGGAAAUCACUCUAUCCUUGCCUCUUGGACAGUGCAAACCAAGUUAUUUCAUUUCCACCAAUAACGAACAGCGAUAUUACCAAAAUGUCUGCUAAUACCAAAAAUAUGUUUGUCGAGGUCACUAGCGCAACUUCUCAGAAGGUUUGCAGCAAAGUUGCCGACCAAUUCUUGAGCGAACUGGUGAUGCUGGGACUGGGCUGCUCUGCAGAAACUGAGAAAAGUGAAAAUUAUCAUAAUCUGUUAGUCGAACAAAUCAAAGUGGUCGAUUUAGAAGGAAAUAUGAAAGUAGUAUAUCCUUCGAGGUCUGAUUUAAUCUAUGACGAUAAUAAUGUGACCAUCGUGCGUGAAUGAAUACCUACCUGAUUAGCUCCAAUGAACAACAAGAUGGUGUAAGUCUAGAAUAAUGAGCAUAGAUGAAAAAUCAGAUUGAUGAAUGAUGUGACUAAAGACUGUGCUCUAGGAAGAGCAUACUUUGCUUACGCUGAAGCCUUUUGUUAUCGUGUCUUGAAUCGUAAACAAUUAUCUACUGAAAAUGAAAAUUUAGAUUGUUCUAAAUGUACUUUGUCCCAUCUGAAUUCGUCUUCUAUCCAGCAUUUAAUUCGCAUCUUUUUUUUGGAACAAUAGUUGAUUUUUUUCAUUGCAAGAACAUAAUCUAAAAUUAUUACGUUCUCAUGUAUUCGAAACAACAAAAAUAAAAAAAUCGGAUAAACGCUGCGAAACGACCGUGUAUCAUAGCUUACAAGAUAAACGCGACAAACCGUCUUUUGAAUCACUAAUAUAUUUUUUUAUUAAAAUAACUUUUCUAAAUGUAAACAUGUAGAAUAUUAACUUUGAUUUUUGGGUAUUCGUACGUACUCGAAGUCACAGUCAUGUCUUUGAUAUACAUUGUAUAAUUGAUAUAAUUUAAAUAUUUAUUUCAGUUUCCCAAUGCCAUGAAUUUAUACUACACCAUUAUAUCUUUUUCUCACGAAGUAAAUAAAUCGACAACUCGAAAAAAA